AUGUCCCACGAGGCAUUGUAUGGGACCUGUUCCUGCGGUCGCAAUCACUACAGGGUCUCAAUUCCAGAUGAUGUGACAGAGCAUGCACACGUAUACUUCGAUAGCAGUCGGGACAACCGUCGGCUUUAUGGCACACCUUUAACCGCUUGGCUACGAGUGCCAUUGGAUUGGUACGAAUCAUAUACAACAUCCUUCUUCCCGGAUGAAACCCACUCAUCAAUCCGCCGUGCAUUCGCGCCUCCUCAUGCCCCGGAGACACGCCGUAUCUUCUGUGGAUUCUGCGGCACGCCGCUCACAUUCUGGACCGAAGAGCCUCGAGAAGAAGCAGAAUUCCUAUCCAUAUCGAGGAUCUCAACCUGCUCCCGGGGGGACUCCGACGAGGACGAUACACCUGUCGCCACUGACAGCUCUAGUCUCACACCAUCGCUCGGUUCCUCAUCUAUCAUUGUUCCUUCACGCGAAGAGGCACCGGCGCUCUCGCGGAACAUCAGAAGUGGAACAUUGAAUGGCAUUCCCUGGUUCGAGGAGAUGGUGGAGGGGCAGUCGUCUGGGCCGAGUAAUGAAAUCGAAACGAGGGAAGGGGGUGAGUAA